AUGGCGGAUGCCGAGGAGAAGUUCAAGCAUAUGCUUUCGAGGCAAAGCAAGACUCUUGGAGACGCUGUGGGUGAAUAUAGGAAACGAUACGGGCGCGAGCCUCCCAGAGGAUUUGGAGAUUGGUGGCAGUUCGUGCAAGAAAACAACGUGAGACUGGUGGACGAGUUUGACGCCAUUAAUGAAGACCUGGCGCCAUUCUGGAAUAUGUCGGGUGUGGAGUUUCGAAGGAGGACUGUCCAAGUCAGCGAACUUCCGUCUAUUGAUUUGGUCCGCAUCAUAGAUGGCAGGGCCGAGGGCGCCUCCAUUGACAAGUCAGAUAGUGAGAGAGGACAUAGAGCAUUAGGAUUUAUGUCUUUGCUGGAGAAAUUUCAAGACAAGCUUCCUGACAUGCAAUUGGCUAUCAACUCGAAGGCGGAGGGCAGGGUCUUGGUACCUUGGGAACACCGCCAAUUUCCUAACAUGACAUUACAAGAUUCAUCAGGUGGAAUAACUUCUAUGGUUGGAACUGGCUUCACUUCUGAUUGGCAGGGAGAAGGAAGUGUUUGGGCAGCUUAUCGCCGAACGUGCCCUCCUGACACUGAAGCCCGUCGCCUCUAUAGUUCAUACCGCAAUCCCAAUGCUGAGAAUUCAAAAGUCUUCUUUGGCUCCGCUCCAGCUCCUGGAGACGAAUUCACCUUUGUGUCAAGCGUCGACGAUUCCAUCGAUUACUGUUCGUAUCCUUGGGCUCACUACUUCCAUGGCCACUUUUUCUCGGACUGGCGCACGAUACCUGUCCUUUACCCCGUUUUAUCGCCUGCGAAGGCCUCAGGGUUCUUGGAUAUCAGGAUUCCGAGCCACUAUUAUGUCGGACAACAUCCCAGGUACACCUAUGGAUUCGAUUCCCACAGUGAUCAACCCAAAGAUGUUGAUGACUUGGAGGUUCCAUGGGAAGAAAAGUUAGACGUGGUUUUCUGGCGGGGUGCGGACACUGGUGGUGGUAGCACUCCUCCGGGCUUUGCGUCGCAUUACCAAAGACACAGAUUUCUUCACAUGACACACGAGAGUACAGCAGGAAAUCGGACGAUUAUCCAUGCUGACCCCUCGAGCGCUAAUAAUUUCAUUACUACUGAGGUGCCUGCGCGACAGCUAAAUGCCGAGAUAAUGGAUGCUGCAUUUGUUUCGACAACUGGCGGGUAUCCUGGCGGCGAGGAAGCACUUAGAAAAAGCCACCGCUUCGGAUCACCCGUCCCCCUGGGUCAGCACUGGACGUACAAAUAUCUCCUGGAUCUUGAUGGUAUGGGUUACUCGGGACGUUUCUUGGCACUUUUAUCUAGCGAAAGCGCCGUUGUGAAGAGUACUGUGUGGCGGGAAUUCCUCUCAGAUUGGUUGCAGCCAUGGCUACACUAUAUACCUUUAUCCUCGUCCUAUGCCGAGAUAUACAACAUCCACGCGUAUUUCUCAGGACCGACGCCAUCAACUUUGGCAGCUAAAAAUUUGACUACAACUUACCCAAUACAGUCACUAGACGGCGACCAGCAUUUACAGCGCAUCGCACGUGCGGGCCGACAGUGGAGAAAGACGAUUGGGAGGACUGUCGAUAUGGAAGCGUACGUCUACAGACUAUGUUUGGAGUAUGCCAGACUCUGGGCCGAUGAUCGUGACGCGAUGAAUUUUGUGCUGUAA